GAAGUAUCCUAAACGGCACGCGUCAUUUUCAACUUUGUUUUGAAAGCGAGGAGAUACGAGUACAGUAAUGGCGAAAAGCACUUUACUUUGUUUGGACUGAUGAUGAGGUGGAAUUGUUCUUCAAGACGUUCAAAGCUUCAACAUAGGAAUGUCAAAAGAACUUCACACUAAGAACCAUGGAUUGCGUUCUACUGAAGCUGCAAUAUUUUCCGGAUUCCUUCAAAUAUACCCAUAAUGUACCCCGCCCAUGAAGUGCAUACUUUCGCUUUCAGUUUUGAACGGCGCGCGCUGUUUAAGAUUACAUGGGAUUGGCCGAAACGCUUCAGAAAAUCUCUCACGUCCGCGUGACGAACAUCGGCUUGUCAUAAAGCAGAGCGUGUAAUCACCGUAAAGCAUGUCAGAUCGCCGUACUGGGGACAAACAGAGCAUUCCUCCCGAGGCUGGACCAUCAGGCGUAGGCGAUCCGGCGCACAUAUCCGGAAGUGACCAACAUGCGAAAAAGGAACCCUCUGUCUCUCAUUCCUCAGGCGCGUCCAAACGGAAUGACAGCUCUCAAAUGAACGAUAUACUCCACCAUGAUGACAAGGCACACAAGGGUCAGAGUCGCAGGAUGUCGUCCAGUUAUGAUGAGAGCAGGUCCCAGUCAGGACAGGCAACAGGAGGUGAAGUGGCGAGACAGAUCAACAACAGGACACCCCUGUCUAAGCUGAAGAGCCUCCCUACUUGCCAUAUGGAACUGGAUAAGUUGUCCUUCAGCAAGCACCACACAGUUCUGGUCAACGUAGAUGAAUUCCAACAUAAGCGGUUGGUACCACAACAUGGCAAACCCAAAUGGAAUAGUUGUUCUGUGAAAAUGCCUUACUUGACUGAAAGUGUUAUGCAGUCAAACAUUUACCAGACUGAAAGAACACGAUGGAAUGGAAUUUGUAAAACUUUGUCCCAUCUCCCAAAGACCCCAUCAUCAUUUGACGUUGAGAAUGCAAUAAAGAGAUGCAACCCAAAGUACAAAGACCAUUGGUCUUUUGAUGCUCUGCAUUAUUUCUCUAAGUCCCUAACCAUUGAGGAGCGUAUGGACAUGUCUUCCAUUCUGUACAAAAUAGCUGUACUGGCCCUCAGGUUGCCGGACCUUUGCCCGAAGGCCAUUCCCUUGCUGAGACGCGACCAGUAUCACUCCAUCACGAUGUCUCAGCUCCAGAUCGCUUGCCUGCUGGCCAACGCCUUUUACUGCACCUUCCCCCACCGCAACGCCUCCCACCACAACUCAGAGUACUUCAACUACCCCACCAUAAACUUCUCCAGCUUGUUUGGGAACUGGUCACCAAGGAAACAGCAGAAACUCAAAGCCAUUUUCAACUACUUCAAGAUAGUUUCAGAUCACGAAAAAGAGAUCGAGGGACUGGUAACCUUCGAGAGGUGCUCUCUUCAUGUCCCUCCGCAAUGGGAAAGGGAAUCCAAAAUGCUGACUAACCUUCACGUCUCCUCGGAAGGCACCAUUGAGGAUAAGGGCCUGGGCAUGCUGCAGGUGGACUUUGCCUGCAGCAUGGUAGGAGGGGGUGUGCUUGGGAACGGACUGGUCCAGGAGGAGAUCCUGUUCCUCUGCUACCCAGAGCUCAUUGUGUCCAGGCUUUUCACUGAGAAGCUGGCCGACCACGAGUGUCUCCGGAUCACUGGUGUCCAGCAGUACAACACAUACACUGGCUUCAGCGACACCUUUCAGUGUAGGGAAUUUUGCAUAGACCGAUGCCAGAGGGACGAAUGGCUCAGACGUCAGAGAAAGAUGGUCGCCAUUGACGCCUUGAACUUCAAAAACCAGAGGGAGCAGUACGACAUGAGGCGCGUAGACCGUGAGCUGAACAAGGCCUACUGUGGUUUCCGGGGAGAAGAGGACAUCCCUCCCGAUUACCUCCCAGCUAUAGCUACUGGGAACUGGGGCUGUGGUGCCUUUAAGGGUGACCCCAAACUCAAAGGUCUUAUACAGUUAAUGGCUGCAGCCGUGGCUGGGAGAGAUGUGGCCUACUUCACGUUCCACAGCAAGCACCUUGAAAUGGAGCUGCUGGGGAUGUACGAGUUCCUCAUCCAUCAUACUGUGACAGUGGCUCGGCUCUAUGAGCUACUCAAACUUUACUGCAGGCUUGUGAAUGAGAGUCGAGAGCCUGAAGACCUCUUUAGGUUCAUCAAACGUGCUAUCACCGACACGACAUGCAGACACUAAGAGGCUGCAUGAAGCUGGUGCACCAUGAGAAGGUUCUGAGGCUACACCGCCUUUGCAAACAAUCAACGGAAAAAAUUAUUCCUGUAAAUUAGGUGAACUUUUAUUAUUAUUUUUUGUCCGAUCAGUAUUUAGACUUAAUUGACGGGAUGCUUUUCUAGUCUGGGACGACACUAAGGUUAUGAAUAUCACACAAUAUACAAACUGUUCUUGCUGUUUUAAAGAAUGAGUAUAUUUAACCAAUAAAUUCUUAUAAGGUGUUACAAAUUAAUUCAAUGAAAAUGAGUAUGCAGGUUUAAAUGCAAUAAAAUUACCAUUUGUACAAGUA